AUGGGUCUGCUGACCAUCAUACGCAAGAAUAAGCGUGAGUUCAUCUAAAGCGCUGGGGCAAAGUCUCGUGCCAUUCCUACGCGCGCCAUCUCACCUUGUCUGCCUGUGUGGUCUGGGGCAACCUGCUAUGCGCGCGCGCGCGCGGGGGCGGGGCACGAUGAUCAGACAAGGAUAGGGAACAGAGACAUUUGUUCUUGGGUUUGGACAAUUCCGGCAAAUCUACCAUUGUGAGGAGCUUGUUGGGCGAAAGCACGGAUGAUGUGAGCCCUACGUUGGGCUUUGAUAUAAGGAGCAUCGUUCAUCUCGGGUGCGUUGCAAGAAAGGCAUUCUACAAGUCUAUCAACGUGUCGACGUCGAAACGCUGAUGCAGCUCACGCUUUGCCACUUCGCCUGCCCUCACUUUGCAAAUGUCAGCUACACGCUCAACAUUUGGGACAUUGGUGGUCAAAAGUCUCUUAGACCGUACUGGAGAAAUUAUUUCGAGCGAACAGAUGCGCUCAUUUGGGUCGUCGAUUCAGGAGAUAGACAGAGAUUGGACGAUGCAAAGCAGGAACUUCGAUCGGUAGUUGGUGAAGAGGUGAGUGUUGCUUCGAAUGUCUUCUCCCCUCUUUCUUUCGAAUGUCUUUUGAGGGACGACGCUCUCUUACGCCUAAGCUCACUCCUGUCGUCUCCACAUUGUGCGCAAUCCGUCGCCUUCGAUUGCGCUUGAAGCGUCUAGCAGGAGCAUCCAUCCUCAUCUUUGCCAACAAGCAAGACAUUUCAGGUUCCCUGUCUGCUCAAGAAAUAUCAGCCAGUCUGACUCUGCAAGACCUCAGCAAGACGCACAGCUGGAGAAUACAGCCUUGCAGCGCCAUUACCGGACAAGGUCUGCAAGAAGGUAUCGACUGGCUGGUCAAAGAUGUGGGUCAGAGAAUGUACUUUGAAUUGGGUCGAGGAGAAAUCUCUGCAUCGGGUCAGGAGACCCGCGGCGUAGAGAGCAUCGAAGGCAGGACAUUCACUCAAGUCUAG